GAACAUUGACUGGUGCGUGCCGGACCGCAGUUUCAAGGCCGAGCGGUCCUGCCAUGCACCUCAACAGGUUAUUGCUGCUGCUUGUGGCUCCUGCGGAUGCCCUCCUGAGAGGUGGAAAUUCUGGGCGUAUGGCCCACGUUGAGGGACAAAGUGCACUCAACCUGCAGGCACCACUUGCGAGCGAGUUACUUCAGCUGCAGGCGUCUUCCUACGCCCCUUACCUGGGGCUUGUGCUGGCGGCUGUGGUGGUGCCCUUACUGCUAUUACUGAGCUGCUGGUUCCUUGCCAACCAGUUGCUGAGCUCAUUUGACCCGGCCAUGCUGCCAGCCAGGCAGCCACCAGCUUCUAUAGGUCAGACUGAAAGCCUGACAAAGACUCAGACCAGGCUGCCGCCGAAAACCGCGCAUUUGCCCGUGGAAGCUCGGCCAAGCUUUUUCCGCAGCGAGCGGAAGACGACCACAAACUGGCAAGGCGGCAGGUGA